AUGAAGGGUGAACUGAAUAUUCCGGCGCUAAGUCGAUUUGGGAAAUCGAUUUCGUCUUCUUUCAAUCAUCAAAAUGACCCUUCUAAUGAGGAAAAUGACACAGGUUCUCAAACUCGUGGCUCGUCUAACAGCGGUUUAGGUCGUAGAAAUUCCAUUUUUAGUAUCAACUCCUCGAAUGGCUUUGGUUCUCUUUCCGCUAAUCGUUCGGCUAAGCAGUCGGCUCCGCGACCUCCUCCUCUCGCCAGUCCCCCCGACAAUGUCACAACCGCUACUUCAAACAACAUCCCGUCGACUGUCUCCACUCCCGUAAACAAUACAAUGCCUGCCAAACCUCCCUUGACUUGGAGUCCUUCUUCUGCGAACCUAUUCGGAACUUCUCGUGUCACUUCCAUCAUUGGAAACAAUGUCUCAGAAAUGGUUCCUCCUGUCAUUAAGAAAGCAAUCGCUUCCUCCCAUGGUGGAGGCAUGUCGCUUUCCAUUGUGUUAUUAGAACCCGUGUUGUAUCUUUCUGGAUACGACCUCAAUGAGUGUCAAAAUGAAAACCCUGUCAUUUUGCGUGGUGCCUUAGUCCUACGUGUCGCCAAGCCAGCAAAUAUUCGUGGCAUUUCCCUAUCGUUUGCCGGCCGCUCCAGAACAGAAUGGCCUGAAGGGAUUCCCGUCAAAGGGCACGAAACCUAUGAAGAUAAAAUUAUUAAUUGUCAUCAUUGGAAUUUUUUUAAUCCUAACAUAAAAGAUGCCGAUGCCCCUCAGCAUGGAGCUGAUGUUGCCCGUCUUGUUGGUCAGCACGUAUCCCUUCCAUCUUCAUCUGCUGCUGGUCUUCGUGGCUAUAGUGUUUUUGCGCCUGGUGAAUAUACUUAUAAUUUCGAUCUAGCUAUCCCAAAUUGCUUUCCCGAAUCGGUCGAGGCAAAAUUGGGCUGGGUACGCUAUUUUUUGGAAGCCACAGUUGAAAGAUUUGGUACCUUUAAGAGUAAUUUGAACGGUAGAACACCAGUCCAACUUGUUCGUACACCAUCACCAGCUAGUUUGUCUUCCAGUGAAUUAAUUAAUAUUUCGAGAGAUUGGGAUGAGCGGUUACAUUACGAGCUACAGGUAUCUGGUAAAUCUUUUCGUCUUGGUGAAACUUUACCUAUCACUUUUAAGUUUUUAUUGCUCGACAAAGUCCGACUUUACAAAUUGUCUUUGUCCGUUGUCGAAACUGCUGAAUAUUGGUGUCGAAGCAGAAAGUUUCAUCGUGUCGAUCCAAAACGUCGUGUGCUUUUGACAGAACGCUCUGUCAAACAUCACAAUACAGAUAAUUUAUUCUCUAUUCCAGAUGAAGGGGAUGGCAUUUCGAGUGCCAUAUUUAAUUUCAACGUAAAACUUCCUACCUGUCUAGUGAAAGAGCGAGACAGAUUGACGUUUGAUACCACGUACAAGUAUAUAAAGAUUCGACACAGGCUUAAAGCUCUUCUAGUUUUGUCUGUUGAAAAUGAGGUUAAUUCGGAUAAAAGGAAGUAUUUUGAAAUUAACAUAGAAACCCCCAUUCGCAUCUUGUCUUGUCGGUGUGUAAAAGAUUCCACUCUAUUGCCACCUUAUGAACCAGCUCACCGAGAUAGUCAGGUGUUGCUACCAUGUCCUUGCCGUUUAGAUGCUACUCAGGUAGAACCUACCGAAAUAACCCCUUUUACGACGCAGAGCGUUUUGGCAAGCUCUUCUGCGGGUAGUUCUCGUAAAUCUGGUCGUCCCGAAUUGUUUCGAAUUCCAUCUACGAAUCCACCUCCCUUUGAUGGAGAUAGCUGUCCUCCUCCUUGCGAAACUCCUCCCCCUAAUUAUGACGAGCUAUUUGAUGCCCUCAGUUCUAUAAAUAUUCAGGAUUGCGAGACGGAUCUUGCUAAUGACGAUACGAUACUGAAUAGCCGUAAUAGAAGAACCCAAGUUACGAGCAGUAAUAGUACUAGGGUGCCUCGUAGACAUUUGUCUCGAACUGCUAGCCGCAGUUUUGAUUUGCAUCGGUAA